AUGAGCAACAGUAUUGCCGGACCAGCAGCGCAAGAGACUAUAACAGGGGUUAAACUUCUGGAAUUGAACGAUUAUGACAGAGUAAGGAUUGUUCUUCUAGUACAAUACAAAUCUUGUUUCCAGCAAAGAAAGCCUCAUCCCGCGAUCACAGACAACACCAUGGUCAAGCUGGGCUCGAGAACUCUCUCCACUGAGAUUACUUGUCCAAUUUGCCUUGAUCUUUUCACCUCAACAAUGGGAACUAAAGUAAGGUUCAUUUUAUUUUUUAUUUUUUUUUUAGGAGUGUCUUCAUCGCUUCUGUUCCGAGUGCAUUUCGACUGCUUUGUUGAGAAAUAACCGAGAAUGUCCUACAUGUCGAAAAAAGAUCGUUUCGAAGAGGUCUCUGCGACCGGAUGAGAACAUGGACAUCUUGAUCAACAACGUAAGAGAAUAAAAUUUGUUGUUUGAUUUUUUAGUUAUGGCCAGAGAGAAGGCUCUAUGAUGAGAUGCAGAGUGCUGCCUUGCAGCAUUAUCAAGCUGAGACCUCAGUUGCAGCGCUUCAGAAAUCGAUCGAGAUUGGCAUCAAAGCUCAAGCAAAGAAUCGGCGGCAGAGAGUUGUGGGAUCGUAUGAUUAUGAAAGUAAGAAAACUGGCUGCUAUAGAAGUGAUUGUUUCUUCUUUGUUGAUGCAUUUUCUUAACCCUGGGUAUUUGUUUCAGAGAAAAAAUGCAAGCGAAGGAAAAAUGGAGAUGGGGAAGAAGAAAGUCCUGAACUUUCCCCAACAAAUCAUGAUGAUUCUACUCUCGAGCCCAUGGACGAAUCACAGCCACAGUCUCAAGAAGAGGACGUCGCAAGUUCAAGCGAUUCCGAUGAUACUGGUAAGGUUUUUUAUUAUCUUGUUUAAUUUUAGGCGGAGAAUACUAAAACUUCUGCUUGCAAAGAGUUAAAUUUUUUUUGCAGAUGAAACCAGCUCUUUAUCGUCCUCAAUCACCGAUUCGAGUGAUCUCGACAGCAGUAGUAAAAGUACGGAAGACGAUGGAGAGCACCGGAAACCAGAGGUCUCCUUGCAGAAUAGUGUUGACAAAUUGGCAGAUCUCAAUCUGGAACAGGCCCGUGAUGGAUCUCCGGAUGACUUGAAUAUGGUAUGACAAUCGAUGUAUUGGAUUACCUAAGUUUAGAUACCUGAAACCUCGUCCUCCCAACUGAUCUCCGAAGAUAUUGAACUCGAAUUGGCUCCGGCAAAGUCGCUGAGAAAGAGACUGGACAUUCAUCCGUCGGUGCGAAGGCCGAGGUUUAUCAAAACCACCUUGGAUUGUACAAGUAAGAGAGAUUAUAUUAUACUAGGCUAUCAGAUGUGGAGAUUAGGAAAAACCAUGCGGGAUUUGUCUGUUUUUGAUUGCUAAGAAACUAGAUUAUGAUGUAUUAGAUGGAGAAUUUUAUUUUUUCAGUUAAACAUCUCAGCUAUUACCUCCGACAAACCGCUCAAGCCGAGCAAUUUCGAAAAGACAAAGAAGAUGAAGGUCAUGUGAUCCCAUCCAAUUUUUAUAUGUACUAUUUAACCUCGAACUUUCAAAUAGAACAAGCUGAGAGCCAAGCGACCCUGCGACAGGUUCAUAUCUACUCAUCUCACUCGGAUUCCCACCUUAAACUUGUCUUUGAUACCCAACCGAAUGAUGAAACUCAAAGAGAUCAGAAUAUUGGUACCGAGUUUGAUGUUGACUUGGAGCCAGAUAUCGGCGAUGAGGAUCCAGACUGGCGAUAA